UUUAGUUUUGUUUUUUGCUCCGUUCCAGCUCGGCUGGCCCCUCGAUCGUCCGUCGGCAAGCCUAAAGAUCUGCGCCGCUUCGUACGACAGCGGAACGCCCGGUGUGUCCACCAUGUAAACGUGUUGGUUCUCUCUGCAUCUCGCACGCGUACCCCGUGAAGUGAGGGGACUUUCCUUCGACUCCUGCUGCUCUGGGGGCCGCAGGGAAAGAACAAAAAAAGGAGGAAGCUUGGGCGCAUUGGUUACGAUAGGCCACUCGAACUGGAGCGGCCAUGAAGCUUCGCGUCUCGCAGCACAGCUUCCACCACGACGACAGCCCUCAGAUCAAGGCGGUCGACGAAUCAACGAGCCCCGCCCUGGUGGGCAUUGGGGUGGGCAGUUUGGUGCUCGUGGUGGCCCUGGCCGCCGUCUCGUGCGCCUGCUACCGUCGCCGCGGAGUGGCGCAGGCCAAGGGCCCCUCUCAGCGCCGGCACCCGGACAAGAACCUGCCCCUGAAGAAGUCGUCGGCCGUGCGGUCUCCCAGCAGCGGGCCUGCAGGUCCCAUCCUCAAGAAGUCUCCUAGUCCGACGGGGGGAAGCAAGUCGCCGCUAGGAGGGAACAGGUCGCCCUCCAGUCAAGGUGGCCUGACGCCUCCGACAGAGACGGCCCGCUCGAUAUGCGAGUCGGCGACCAAGGAAGUGCGUACCGCGGUGCCCACCGCGGCGGCAGCUUCGACCGCCAGCUCCGCGGUCGUCGCCUCGACAGCCAGGGCGCAGGCGGACGGCGACAAGAAAGACGUAAGCCCACCGGCAACUGAAGAUAUCGCUGACACCAAGGAGAAAGAGGUGACGGAGGAGAAGCCCACGCAACUGGGCCAGCUGCACUUCCGACUGCGUUACAACUCGGAGAAGCACGCGCUGCUAGUGACCAUCGUGCGCUGUUCGGACUUGCCGGCGCGGGACCCCAACACGGGCUCCUCCGACCCCUACGUCAAGCUACAGCUGCUUCCAGAGAAGCAGCACAAGGUGAAGACGCGCGUGCUGCGACGCACGUUGAGCCCGGUUUACGACGAGGACUUCACCUUCUACGGUAUCAACCCGAACCAGCUGCAGGCCACCACGCUGCACUUCGUCGUGCUCAGCUUUGAUCGGUACUCUCGCGAUGACGUCAUCGGCGAGGUGGUCUGCUCCAUGGCGGGUCUCGACACCGACCACCUCGACAAGACGCUCGCCCUGUCCAGAGACAUCGCACCGCGCCACUUCAAGAUUCGAUCCCAGGGUCGCGGCGAGCUGCUCGUCUCUCUGUGCCACCAGCCGGCGGCCAACCGACUAACCGUAGUGGUCCUCAAGGCCCGGAACUUGCCCAAGGUGGACAUCACCGGACUCUGCGAUCCGUACGUGAAGAUCUACCUGCUGUACAACGACCAGCGCAUCGCGAAGAAGAAGACGCACAUCAAGAAGCGCACCGUGAACCCGGUGUUCAACGAGUCGUUCGUGUUCGAGGUUCCGUACAACGAGGGCCUGGACAACCUGAGCCUGGAGUUCCUCGUGCUCGACUGGGACCGGGUGACCAAGAACGAGGUGGUGGGCCGCCUGCAGCUCGGCCCGCACGGUUCGCCCGCAGCGCAGCAGCACUGGCGCGAGGUGCGCAACUCGCCGAGGCGCCAGAUCGCCGAGUGGCACAAGCUCAGGGAGUAAUUGCCACCUCCGAGACACACCGCAGGUUUAGGAGGGAAAAGCAGCGGCCUCCGUCUGAGACUUCCGACUUUGAAGACGCAAAGAAAAAAAUGGAGUCGCACCGGAGGAAUGGCGAGACGUCUUAUCACUUAUGUUGUUCAUUGGCCUUCUAACUGUUUAAGCUCUAUAUAAUAUCAGAAAAGUUUCUUCUGCCGAACGGAGAGUAUUAUUUUCCGACACCUAUAACGACGUGAAUUCAUUGAAGUGAACUUGCCUUAUGUGUUUACCAAUGACCCAACUGACGGUGUCCCACGCUUUUCAGAAAAACAAAAAAAGUGCUUAGAUAAACUAGAAUAAGUUGUAAACCGAGCACGGGCCUUUUCCUUUCGCACCUGUUUGCCCGCACUGACACUUUGCAACAACUGUUUCGUGAGCUGUAGGUAUUGCUUAAGAGAAAACUUGCUUUUUUAUGCUUAUCGCCGCUUGCGUUCUUCCUGAUUGACACAAGUUUCAAUGUUCUGAGAUUCAUUUGCCGUCGCUUGUUGCGUGGCCGUACGCGAUGUAUAUCCCAUAGUGUGAACUGGGUCACUACAUUUAAAUGCAUAUGCAAAAAAGACUAGAUGUACAUACAAGUCGCGACGAAAACUGAUCUCUUUUUCUCUCUUGGUUACUUCCUCAUUGGUAGAGUGCUAUGACUUAAAAAGCGGCGUAAGGUUUUUUCCCUAUGAUUCCACAGUGACACACCAGCC